ACCGUCGACGCUCAUGACGCAAUCAACCCGGAAGUCGUGUGUUAGCUGUCAAAGCCAGCGGCAGAAAGAAAGCACUGAAAGCUAAAAAUCCCGCAUUUAAGACGAGAUGGCAGGACUGCCCCGCAGGAUCACAAAGGAAACUCAGCGUUUGCUGCAGGAGCCCGUCCCAGGCAUCAAGGCAGAGCCAGAUGAAAGCAACGCUCGCUACUUUCAUGUGGUCAUCGCCGGACCACAGGACUCACCUUUUGAGGGGGGCACGUUUAAACUUGAACUCUUUCUACCAGAGGAAUAUCCAAUGGCAGCUCCUAAAGUACGCUUCAUGACCAAAAUAUAUCAUCCCAAUGUAGACAAGUUGGGAAGAAUAUGUCUAGACAUUUUGAAAGAUAAAUGGUCGCCAGCUCUGCAGAUUCGCACAGUGCUGCUGUCGAUCCAGGCAUUACUAAGUGCACCCAACCCAGAUGAUCCUCUAGCAAAUGAUGUGGCGGAGCAAUGGAAGUCUGAUGAAGUCCAAGCCAUAGAAACAGGUGAGAUCUAGAAACACAAGUUUGUUUUUAUGUAAA